CAGGGCAGGGCAGGGCCGAGCCGAGCUGAGGAGGCGGAAGCGAACCUCGUGCUGGCGCGUGCUGUCUCUGCCAGGUGCUUUCGGACUCUAGCGCCUUUGGGCUUUGGCAGCGUAGGGGCGGCGGGCCCCCGCUGUAUGGCCAAGCAGCUCCGGCGACCGGACGCCAUGCCCUGUCACAACCAGCAGCUCGCUCCCUCGGCGGCAGCCGCGGCCACUGCCUCCCCGUGUCCCGAGCCGGCGGAACCCGGCGACGGGCCCGGGCAGGACCUGGCGGGAGGCCCAGCCAAGCUGCCUGCGACCAACGGCGCCGUGGCUGGGCCGGCCGGGGACAGCGCCGAGGGCCCCCAGCCGGAGGAGCGCGAGCCUGAGGAGCUCUUCUCCCGCCAGCUCGGCCCGCAGCUCAAACUGCUACCCAUGAACGACCAGAUCCGGGAGCUCCAGACCAUCAUCAGGGACAAGACAGCCAGUCGAGGGGACUUCAUGUUUUCUGCGGACCGUUUGAUCAGAUUGGUUGUAGAAGAGGGAUUGAAUCAGCUGCCAUAUAAGGAGUGUACUGUGACCACUCCAACAGGAUAUAAGUAUGAAGGAGUGAAAUUUGAGAAGGGAAACUGUGGGGUCAGCAUCAUGAGAAGCGGGGAGGCCAUGGAGCAGGGUUUGCGGGACUGCUGCCGCUCAAUCCGAAUUGGAAAGAUUCUGAUCCAGAGUGAUGAGGAAACCCAAAGAGCCAAAGUCUAUUAUGCCAAGUUCCCCCCCGAUAUUUACCGGAGGAAAGUCCUGCUGAUGUAUCCGAUUCUGAGCACUGGAAAUACUGUCAUCGAGGCUGUAAAAGUCCUUAUAGAACAUGGUGUCCAAUCCAGUGUCAUCAUCGUCCUCAGUCUCUUUUCUACUCCUCAUGGUGCCACAUCGAUCAUCCAGGAGUUCCCAGACAUCACAAUUUUAACCACAGAGGUCCAUCCUGUUGCACCAACACAUUUUGGACAGAAGUAUUUUGGAACAGAUUAAAUUCAAGGAAAACUGGGUUUCCCUGUCCAACAUUAUAAGAGCAUAUUGAGUUUCCUCUUGUCCGAUUUUGGUUGGGGAAUGGGAUGAGACAGUGAGGUGGAAGGGCUAUUGAAAUAGAUUUCUUUUUCUGGGCCAAAUAGGAAAUAUUGGUGUUCUCUUCAUUUAAUUUGGUUAUUUCUUGACUGUUGGAAUGAAAUGCAGUAAUGAGGCACACUCAGCUCUUAGAAUUGCUGGGAAUUUUAAUAAUGUGCUUAUGCAAAUUACUGGACUCUUGAAUGAAUUUAUUCUCUAAUUUCUGAACUGCCCCUGCUCUGAGGUUUCUUGUAGUUACAAAUAAAACCCAAAAGAGUCAGUUCUCUAAGGCGCACUGGGAGUUGUAUUGUGCCCUGUUUGCUUUCUUCUCCCCUAAAGGGGAGGGUAUGCUAAACACACUUUCCACCUUUCUCUAUUCUGUACUUUCCCAGUUUGGGUGCUUUCUGGUGACUUGGAAAGAAAACUGAAUGCCUCUGGAAUUCCUCAUUUUCUUUCCCAUCUGUGCUCAGCAGGCAGACCCCAAGAUGUCGGUCCCAGAACAUGUAUUUGACAUUUCAGAUGGUCCAUUAUAUUCUUUGUGGCUCACUUCCCAAACAGUGUGUGGCUGGCUGGGCAGUGAAGGAAAAGGGGGACCAUUUUGGCAACUGGACUGUAGCAGUGACUCCCACUGACUGCCCCAGGGAAAUCAGAAUGGCAACACAGGAGGCCUAAGUACAGCUGAAUGCCAUCAAUCCAAAGAAAGAAAUGGCUGGGUGUGAGUGGGAUGGGGUAGGGUAGGAGGUAGUGGCAGGCAGAAUGGUUUCUUGCUUGGUCUUUUGGCCAAUAAGUAAAUGAAAAUGAUGUGAUAUUGAUUUUUUUUUUAUUAGAAGACUAUGAUUUGGAAAAGUCAUUUGGCAAGUUUUAUCAGUUGUAGAUGUGCUAAAAUGGGACAAAAGAAGGUCAUGUUUUGUACGAUCUCAAUGAUUUGUGGGUGUUGCUAUUUUGGUUUCCAAUUUGGAGAGGAAUUGGUUUCCAAAAUGGAGAGGAAUCAUUUUUGAAACAAAAAGUUCUUGGUCAACUGCUUGUAAAAACCUGUACCCUGUUUUGCAUUGAUAUUAAAAAAAAAUUCUAUCAGUGCUA